AUGGAUAUUACAAAUGAAAUUUGCGACCUUCCAGCAGCUAUGAAUGCCGGCGAAGGCCAAGAGCAUCAAUAUUGUGAACAACAGCCUGUGCGUUCCUCGAGCAGUAGUCGUUCCGGGGGGCCCUCCGGUGUGGACUCCGUGUUGUCCGAUCGGGCAAUUCGUGCUAUAUUUCUAUUGCUAGGGGUUGGAAUUUUGAUCCCUUGGAAUGCCUUUGUCAGUGCCAAACCGUACUUUACAGCACGACUGUGUCAAUCAGGCCAUGAUGUUGUUAACUUUGAGCAAUGGUUCGGUCUGAUCUGGAACUUGUCGUCGGUUGGUUCCCUCGGCUUAAUAAUCAUGGGUCAAUGUAAGUUGCAAAGAGGGGGGUUACAGUGUGCUUUCAAAAUAAUGUUCUCUCACUUCUUCGGAAAGCUGUCGUAGAGUACUGGAAGAAAAGGAACCCGCAUACCAUAGUAGAUGACAAUCAAUCCAACAGCUCUUCGUCAAAUGACAGCGGUUCGACUGAAAAGAAAAAUGGUUCUUUUUACAACGUCAUUGUUCCUUUGGGACUGUACACGGUGGUAUUUUUCAUUCAGGCACUGUUAGUGACGAUUCCUGAUAUUUCACCUACACAUUUCCUCGUUGUGACACUGAUUGGAUUGGGACUAUGUGGUACCUGUGGAGCAAUCGCAACGGCAGGAAUUGUGUCCACGGCUGGACUCUUCCCUUCUCAUAUUGGGAUUAACCCAUUUUUUUCUGGACAAGCAUUAGGGGGGACAGCCGUCUCCGUCGCAAAUUUCGUUGCUAUCGCCAUGGGGGAAGAUCCUAGUGAUUACAUCGACAAGCAUUGCACACCCGCCAAAAACCAUAGUUAUGUAGUAGACUUUGAGGCGGAUGAUUUGAUUUCAUCGACAGCAAUACAACGUCGGGUGGAUGAAAUCUUCCAUUUCACAGAAGAGCCUCAAGACUGUUCUGCAUACCAUAGUCUUGAUUGGGCAGUUUUGUCGUAUUUUUUAGUGGGAUGCAUCGUUCUUUUUCUCUGCCUUGUUGGUUACAAUAAAAUAUUUCAGCACCAAAACAUGAGUUAUCGGAACGACUAUGAGACGGUUCGAGAUCAUCUCUUCGACCCCAGCAAUAGGAGUGACUCUAGUCAGCCCCGCACCGAUGAAGUUGAUGAUCAUUCUCCUCGCAUCGGUUUGGAGCUGAACGAUCGGGUUUGUCAGCGCCAACAAAUGCAAUACAACGAUGUUGAACUUCCAAAUUCUUCGUCAACAAGAUCGGAGCAACUUACAAUGAUUUCGAGCUAUCACGACCAGUUGGUUACCAACAAUUAUGAUACCGGUAGCAAUAGCAAAGCUCAUCCUAUGUCUGAUCCAGAGACAGCACAAAUGACGGGGUCAUCCUCUAAUGACUCCUGUUUACCAAAAAUGUGUGGAGCCAGCACAGACGACGAAGGAGGAGAUGAGAAUCAGAUCCAAACCGAUAUAUUUGAGGACGAAGAGGACGUAGAUACUGGCGGUUCGGGAACUACGAAAUCUAUACUUUGGGCCAUCAAGGGUCCAGCUGUCUGCAUCUUUUUAACGUUCACUAUAACCCUCGCUGUGUUCCCGUCUUGGAUCUCUGAGCUAAGAAGCAGCCACGAAUGUGAAAAUCGGUUCCGGUUCGACAAUGAUCUUUACGUCCCCCUUAGCUUUGUUUUAUUCAAUACUGGGGAUCUACUGGGGAGGCUUUUAUCAGGCUACAUACCAAUCGAUCGAAUCAAGCAUUUAUCUCAAAAGCUUGUUUUGGGUGCAGUACUCCGUAUCGGGUUUUUGUUUGUUUUUCUCAUCUGUAAUACGACGACCGGCAAGAACAGCAAGAUGGUGGUUCGAAAUGAUUUCUUUUCGGUGUCGAUUCAAAUGCUUUUUGCCGUUAGUAACGGCAUCUUGGUGUCGACAGCUUUCGCGUUCUCGCCACGACUUGUCAGCUCGAGUUCGAUGAUACAAGAGCGAGCCUCAGAAAUAAUGACGUUCUCUGUCUUCUUUGGUUUGCUCAGUGGGAGUUUGCUAUCAUUCCCAUUCGUUCAGUUAGCCACGCAACUCCUUGGAUAACAACAGUGAAGACACAAAAUAUGCGUUGAAGUUGACGUCGAGAUGUUAGAGAAACAUGGGCUGAACAUGCUGCGCUAGAGUGCUUAAGUUGCAUUUACUAUUGAUAUUUUAGGAUUGGUAUGCAGUUAUUCAUCACAUCUUUACAGUUAAACGUAGUAUCGAAUGAUGAUUUACUAGAUGAUGUCCGGAUCAAUUAAAGUUGACGUCAUUCC